CCCUGUUGAGGGCCUCCUCCUCCUGCAGCGUCACUGCUGCGUCAGCACCACAGAAGAAGACGUCAGCAGCAGGAGGCGGAAGUGCCGGGACGGAGCAGACUAGCCUGGUUAGCCUGAUUAGCCUGACUAGCCUGCAGGCUAACGCGGUGUGACAUGAGGCUUCUGACCUGAACAGUAGGUGUGUGACCUGUGUUGACCUCAGCGGGCGUUGCCGUGGGCGAUGGCUCUGAUUGAAGGGGUAGGAGACGAGGUGACACUGCUGUUCGGCUCGCUGCUGCUGCUCCUGGUGCUGCUGCUCGCCUGGAUCUCCACCCGCACCUCUGAGCCCCCAGAACACCUGUUCACCUCCACCACAGGCCCCGCCCCCUCACUGGGGACCAGCCCCGCCCAUCAGGACACCCACUCCUCCACCAACACCGCUUCCUCUUCAUCCUCCUCGCCCUCCAGUUCUGUGAGUGACAGCUCUCUGACAGAAGCUCUUCCCAACAACACCUCCACCCAGGAGGAGAAGGGGGAGGGGGCAGGGAGGCAGGAGAGGGGGGAGGCGGGAGGAGGAGAUGGUAUCAGGAACAGAGGAGGUGGAGAAGGAGGAGGAGGAGGAGAAGAAGAAGAAGAAGAGUCUUCGUCCUCUCAGAGGAGCAUGGUGGUCAGACUGAAGUUUCUGAACGACACAGAGAGAACCGCUCAGGUCAAACCACAGGACACCAUUGGAUACAUCAAAAGGACCUACUUUGCGGGUCAGGAGCAGCAGGUCCGGUUGAUCUAUCAGGGUCAGCUGCUGCAGGACGACGCUCAGACUCUGGCCUCUCUGAACCUGGUUCAUAACUGCGUCCUGCACUGUCACAUCUCUCAGCACGCCGGACGGGGGGUGGCGGGGGGGCCGCGGCCCGCCGACCAGGUGCAGGUGGCUCUGAACGUGGGCAGCCUGAUGGUCCCCCUGCUGGUCCUCAUGCUGUCGGUGCUGUGGUAUUGUCAGAUCCAGUACAGGCAGUUCUUCACCGCCCCAGCCACCGCCUCGCUGGUCGGCGUCACCAUCUUCCUCAGCCUAGUGGCCUUCGGAGUUUACCGCCGCUAGCUGCUCUCUGAUUGGCUGCUGCCUCUGGCUGUGUGGUGAUGUCAGCAGCGGGGGCGUAGCUCUCUCUGUGACCUCAGAGCCAGCUGAGACGUGACAAAGACUCUGAUAGUUAAUUUUUUGUUUUGUUUUUCUGUUGCCAUGGAGACGCUGAGUGUUAUGAGGACUUUAAUUUUAAUUUGUUUGUUUUUUAGAUCACGUUUCUCUGUAGGUUUCUCAUCAUCGUGCCUCUUUUACUUUCUGGAUAGUCUGGUUCCUUCUGGUCCUGAAGGUGUCAGACCAGCACCAGACUGUAGCCCAGACCAGCACCAGACUGUAGACCGGACCCGUCUGUCUGCUGGAUGGAAAGUCUUUUGUGUCAAUUACAGCUUUUGAAGA